AUGAAAUAUUCUUCCAAGAUAUAUUUAAUAAGGGAAACUCUUCGCGAGAAAUAUAAAGAACGCCAGGGAAAGCAAUUGUUCAUACUUUUCCCACAAAAACUUCCUGAAUCCGAGGAGGAGUUGGAAGAAAUGGCUAAAAAAUUAUCUCCCCUAAUUACUAAGGUGCACAAGCCUCGACAAAAGCAUGUACGCUUCUGUCUAGUGGAAUUCAAUAGCAAAGAAGACCGUGAUACGGCGUGGAAUGAACUUAGACAGUCCAUUAAAAAUGGUGACUUGCCCAAGUGCAAAGUGAACAUUCCACGAACGGAAAAUGAUGAGUACAUAGAUGAGUUGGUAGAACGUAAAAUAAAGUCUGUGGAAAAUAAAAAGGCUAAAAAUCGUUUGAAGAAAGCCAGUAAAAAGGCCCAAUUUAAAAAGAUCUUUACGCCUACCAUUGUUAUUUUCAACCUUCCGAAAUCUGCUACUGUUGCUCAGAUACGCGAACUGUACCCAAAGGCUGUGGAUAUUCAAAUAAAGGCCGGCAAAGGUAAACAAAAUAAGGAUAAAAGUAUUGCCUCCGUAACAUUGAACUCAACACUGGAAGCACGCAAUGCUGUGAAGCAAAAACCAUCUUUAGGCGGCAAUCAAUUACUUGUAAAGUUUGAUAACCAAACAAUAAAGAAGAAGGCUAAAAAACAAAAAGCAAAACGCAUUGGAAGCGUAGAGAGCACAGAGGCAAAGUUUGACGACGACGAUGAACCGUAUUUGGUUGAGCAUCGUAAUCAAUAG